AUGACUGCUCCCGAUAAGACCAGCAGUCAGGUGACUGACGGGGGUCCCGACUCAACGUUAGAGGCUACCAAAACAACCGAAUCCCCUCCCUCUGAGACAUCCAAGACCGACGAUCCGGAUACGCCAUUUGACCAUACCUGGCUUCCGUUGCCCGUGGUUGUCAAGAUCAAUGGAGCUGAGUACUAUCCUCCGACAGAGCACGAAGAGCCCAUUGACAUCUUUCUUAAUGAUGGCAGUACGGCCGUACUCGCCUACAAGUCUCUGAAAAUCGGAGAUCGUACCAUAAACAUACCAGACAAGGCACCGGCAGAGCCGCAGACCAUCGAUGGGGUUCAAAUCGCGCAGCGGUCAUUCGACUCCUCAGGAGGUAGUGGCAGCGCGCCAGGCAGUCCUGCUGCCAACCCUUUCGACGCCAUGAAAGGAAUAUUCUCGGGUCUAUCAGCUUCCGCGGGACCUCUAGCCAUGGCUGUGUCUGGUUUCAGCGCAAAGGCAGUGCGCGUCGCCCUCAACGCCCCUGGCGGACCACUGUCGGAAACCGGAUUCAGUGAGGCUAUCGAGUUGCAAGAUCUUGCCCAAGACGCCAUGAACCUCGCCGAGCAAGCAACUCAAUUUCAGAACCAGCUUGAGGCAGCCCGUAUGAGUCAAGCAGGUCAAGCUGAUCUCUUCAAGCCGAUCAACGGUGUGGUCUUCUCUGCCUAUCCCAAGGUGAGAGCUUCGACGAAUCUGCUGAGAUCGGUGGCACAGAUGCUCCAGAAUCUUCCCAAUAUCCACAUCGAUAUUCAGGGCGCGAUCACUCAGAGACUGAGCGAUAUGUUUGUGAAGGGUGUCGCGAGUGUCGGUUUUGUUGUGGAGGCCUACAACAUCUACGCCAUCCUACACAACAUCGACUGGGAUAAUAUCGUGGUUCCUGUCGCUGGGGGGCAGCAGCCUUCAAGUUCCACAGUGUUUGCCCCUGCUUCAUCUACAACUACAUCUCCUGCUUCUACAUCUUCCCCAGCAGUCCAGAUCCCCGGAAACGACGGAAAGGGAAGGGGAAAGGGCUACCUGAUCCCGAUCCCCACCGGCCCAACUUCCCCAAGAAUCAUCGACUGUAAAUUCGGCGCAGUCAGCCCCUUGGCAUUCCGGAACUUCGUUAAGUGGCUUGAUGGUACUAGCGGGCAUCUGUUGGGAGCAGACGACAUCAUUCCGACUAGCCAAGCAUAUCCCUCCUAUCUCACAAAUCUCACAGUGGUGCAGGAAGAAGCUAUCAAAACCAUUCCCUGGGUCCGCUCAGUCGCGCCGAACCACUGGAUUCUCUCGGGUGACAUCAACAAAGACUACAGAUAUGAUCCAUCCUUGGGUUCAGGUACCACGAUUUUCAUCGUGGACUCUGGUUUCAACACAGGACAUCAGGAGCUCGCCAGAGGCCCACGGAGCGUUGAAGCGUGGUUCAUCGGCAACAAGGCUGUUUUAGAAGGCAACAGCUACUACAAAGCCGAGAAUCUCGCACCAGAAGACACCGAAGAUUACUCAUGGGCGGGGCAAGUCCGACUCGGGCACGGGAGUGCAGUGGCUUGCGUAGCUGGUGGGAGAUCCCUGGGCGUUGCUUCUAACGCCAACUUAUACCUCGUCAAACAUAAGGGGGCUGCAAAGCAGAGAAGCGGAAAGGUGAUGAGUGUCGGGAUCACUCGAAACGCAUUGCAGGCUGCGCUCGAUCACAUACAUAUGAAGGUGCUGGAGAGGCGCCUUCAAGGAAAGGCCGUCGUCAACUUGUCCUUUGGCAUCAACAGAAAUUCGAUAGACGAGCAGGGGUUCGCUAUCCUUCAAGCAAACUUCGAAUCGUUCGUGAGAAUGUUGGACAUGAACGGAGUUGUCUUCGUCAUGUCUGCAGGAAACGACGCCUCGAUUGGUGUCAAGCUUGGAGACCACCUCCCUCAGCUUCUUGGAACGGAAACAAAUCACCUCAUCACCGUCGGUGGGGUCCAUGCUGAUGGAACACUCUGGCACAACUCUGAGCCCGAAGGGAGGUCCACAGAAGGCGUUGAUGCUAACUCUGGUGGAAGGGGAAGUGUGACCGUGUAUGCCCAAAGCAAAGACGUCAUCGCCUGUAACGGUGAUCCCAGCGACACAGUCGGAACGACCCCACGGGACGGCACAAGUUUUGCUGCACCUGCUGUGGCUGGGCUCGCGGCUUACUUCCUCGGGCAUCCGUAUUACAGCGGAAUCUUCACUCACGAUGCCAGCGCUUUACCGGAACAUGGCUCGGUCGGUUUGCGUAUGAAGAACUUCCUGCAAGUAUGGGCGUCAUUUCAACGUCGUCCAGCUAAGGACCUUCGUCCACCGGAUCUGGCCGCAGAUUAUCCCAUGCCGGAGCGCGUGAGGGUCGCCUACAACCUCAUCAAUGAUCGUAUGAACGAUGUAGCCCACGUCCACAACGGCGACAACGGCAACGGCAACGGUAACGUCAACUCUGCUCAUGUCAUCUACGAUAGGUUCAUCAAGCAACACUCCGACAGCAACCCCCCUCGCGAGGCCAAAAGGUGCAAGCUCAAGGCUUUGCCAAUCAGCAUCAUCCCGAUAGUAUUUCGGCAGUGCGAAUGUGUCGAUCCCUUGAAGGAAAAAGAAGUACCCGAGUUCUGUGUGAUCGAUGAAGAUUGUCAAGCUCUUGCCUGUGACGCUUCCAAGGACCAGGAGAAGUCUUGCGUGACUGUGGUUCCCAUGGGAGGAAGUCUUCCUCCUAUCCGGAAGUGCAAAUGCACCGACCCUCAAACAUCGACCUCGACCACGUCGACGACAUCUCCGAAGCCCCCGCCGACGCCGACGACCGUUGAGCCCCCACCGCCCGCCAGCCCAACCCAAAUCCUUCCGUCUCGUGAGUAUCUCCCAAGUCUCAUCAUCAUGUGA